CAUCAUCCACCGCUACCCUGCCCUACACACUCAAACUUUCCGAAUAACACACAACAGAGAGUUCAGCUAAGCAGGAUAUACAACCAAGCAAGCUCGCUGUUUGACCCUACACAUCGCACACAAGAGGGCCCGUCGUCGUGUACCCCAGGGCUCCCACAGAACAGACAGACCACACAAGCAGAGACAUAACAUGGCGACCACCACCAACUCGUUCUACUUCCGCAGGCGCCGAAUUGGCCGAGCAGCUUCCCCACCCACCUGGGCCUGCUACGAGCAAAUCCGCUACGACGAGGGCGGCGACUACUCGGAUAGUGACUCGGACUCGUGCUCUGAGGACGAAGAGGACUAUUCGCACAUUAUCGGAGGAGCAGGGAGGAGAUCGGAUGAGGUCGUGUCGGAUGGUCGUCGGGUCUCUCAGGGUGGGAUAGAUACCGACGACAUCGACAUGGACAUGGGCGACGAGGAUGACGGCGAUGAGGGGCCCAGGGCCCAACAUCGUCGAGACUCUGCUGACAGUAUGAGUGACAAUCAGCAGGCGGCAAAGGAUGUGAAGGGCAAGCAGAAGGCUGUGGACCCAGAGCCUGAGCAACAGCCACAGCCGCCGAUUGGGAGGAGGGGCCGCCAGGCGAAGAGGAGGGAGCGGCAGCCGGUGUAUUCUCUGAGGCCUAUCCUGACUAUUCAACGUAGUCAAGGGUUCGUCUGGAACCAGGAUCUAUUCGUACCUCCGUACAUCAAGGAUCGAUAUAUUGCCUCGACCUCACCUCCCAACUCUCAUGGAUUCAUUUCCACAUCGGUAUCUUCAACUAAUUCUGCAAUGACGGACUACGAAGUAGAAGUUGUGGAGAUUCGCAUCAAGGACGGCGAGCUAGAAGAUAUCAUUCCUUAGAAGGUCACUGCGCAAGUCUGC